GCCAAUGAGUGCAAGACGUUGAGUGACAGCUGUCCAAUAGGGACCCUCAGUGCUAGUACGGUUUGCGGCUUAAGCGCCGCCGCGGUCUGAGGAAUGUCAACUAUUCAACAUGGAGGAGGAGGUCGAUAAGCUGGAAUUGAUGGCUGUGUAUUAAAAACUAUGAAUACACAAAUAAAAAGACAAGGCUCUUACCAGCAAGAAAUUUGAAAUCAAGUGGUGACGUUACCUUGCUAACCAAUUAUUAUAAUAUAGUACAUGAAAUGGUAAGCUGGAGCCAUGAACAAAAUAAAAUGAGAGUAAAGAUGUUUCUAAAUCUGCACUGGAGAGAAUGGAAGUUCCAGAAAGCUGACUCUGAUCUGGAUUACAUUCAAUACAGGGUGGAAUAUGAAAUCAAGACUAAUCAUCCUGAUUCUGCAGGCGAGAAAAAUCCUGUUACACUCUUAAAGGAAUUGUCAGCAAUAAAGUCUCGAUAUCAAACGUUGCAUGCACGCUUUAAACCAAUUGCUAUCGAGCAGAAAGAGACUAAGAGCCGCAUUUGUACUACUUUGAAUAAAACUGCGACCAUGAUACAAGAACUACAAAAGCAAAUAGACCUGGAGCUGUCACCAUUGACUGAAGAAGAGAAAACUGCAGCACAGCAAUUAAAAUCUCACAUGUCAGACUUAUGAAGAAAUGGACUUUCAAAAGGGAACUCUAUAUAAUAGAGAUCAAUUUCAGAGAGAUUUAGGAAGAUGUCUUGUUACCUACCACCUGAUGACCAGAGGUCGAGUAUGGUGAAGGAGGAGAUAUGACCAAGUAGUGAUGUCUUUCACAAGAAAGGGCAAUAUGAAGAAAGGCACAUAUAUGAAUAAAUUUCAGUCGAAAGGAUAGAAUGGGAAUAAAGGGAUUUAAAACAUAUAUACACACAGUCUUGUAAUUUCAGGCAAGGAAGUCUCUUAACACUGGUUUGCAUUUGUUUUUGUAUAAUCGGGAUAACAUACGAGUAGAUGUCCUGUCCUAGCAUUAAAAGAAUGUUCAUGUACUAUCCACCA